AGGUAAGGGAGAAGGUCUCCGGAAAUGGUCUGGAGAAGAGAGGAGGGAAUAGGGUCAAGCGGGCAGGUUGUUGGGCGGCCGGCCGUCACAAGACGCGAGAUUUCAUCUGGAGAGAGAGGGGAGAAAGAGGUCAGAGCACAGGGUAGGGCAGUGUGAGCAGAACCAGCGGUGUCGUUUGACUUAGCAAACGAGGAUCGGAUGUCGUCGACCUUCUUUUCAAAAUGGUUGACGAAGUCAUCUGCAGAGAGGGAGGAGGGGGGGGAGGGGGAGGAGGAUUCAGGAGGGAGGAGAAGGUGGCAAAGAGCUUCCUAGGGUUAGAGGCAGAUGCUUGGACUUUAGAGUGGUAGAAAGUGGCUUUAGCAGCAGAGACAGAAGAGGAAAAUGUAGAGAGGAUAUGUAUCUAUCUAAGAUACAUAUGUAUCUUGUAGUGACUGGGUGUAUUGAUACACCAUCUAAAGUGUAAUUAAUAACUUCCCCAUGCUCAAAGGGAUAUUCAAUGUUUGCUUUAAAAAAAAUGUAUACCCAUCUUUCAACAGGUUCUUUGUGAGGCAUUGGAAUAUCUCCCUGGUCUUUGUGGUUGAAUCUGUUUGAAAUUCACUGUUUGACUGAGGGACCUUACAGAUAAUUGUAUGUGUGGGGUACAGAGAUGACACAGUCAUUAAAAAUAAAAAUGUGAAACACUAUUAUUGCACAGUGUCUUGCAUAAGCAGUUCCAAUAAUGUCCACUUCACUUUCAUGGGCAUAUCACAUCAGCCAGCCUCCUCCCCUACCAGCCCUCACUCACCUGCUUCUCUCUGUCCGCUCUUCCUGUGCGUCCGUUCCUCUGUAUGUACAGUGUAUUCCUUCCUCCCAUUCCUCCAGCUAAAUCACAGGUAGGCCUUUGCAAAUAUGAGCAAAUCAGCCAUUCUAUGCAGUAGUCUAUUAUACACUGUGAGGUUAAGUUCAUUCAUUAUGAAUUUCAGUGACAUGUUUUAAGAUAUUUUUGAAAAAUGUGAACCGAUGCACAGGAUGCUAAACCACUGAUUUUUUCCCCCCUUCCCCAUCAUGGUAUUGCGAUACUUGGCCUGGUAAUGUAUCAUUUGUAAAAUGUUGGUAUAGUGACAACACUAGUUCAAAUAAAUUAUGCAGAAAGGUGGCAAAAAAAGUCAGGCUCAGAUGAUUGGUUGACAUACUGUAAAUGUAGAUAUAUAUUUUUUUACAAAACUUAACAAAAAAUGAAAUUGUUACCAAACCUAGAUCAAUUACAUGAAACGCAAUGGAAAAAAAACUUGAGUACCUUAAAAUGAUAUCAAGGGCAGAAAUCCCAAAUUCUUCUCCAUUGUUCAUUUUGAUGGGUCAUUUAUAACAAAACCUUUCGAUAUUGCCAAUCAUUUCAAUGACUAAUCAGCAGGGUAGCCUAGUGGUUAGAGCAUUGGACUAGUAACCGAAAGGUUGCAGGUUCAAAUCCCCGAGCUGACAAGGUACAAAAUCUGUCGUUCUGCCCCUGAACAGGCAGUUAACCCACUGUUCCUAGGCCGUCAUUGAAAAUAAGAAUUUGUUCUUAACUGACUUGCCUAGUAAAAUAAAGGUAAAAUAAAAAAUAAAAGGGCAUACAAACUACAAUCUGUCUCCUUAAUUAGCCUAGUGUGCAUGUGGGCCCAGAUGGUGCACAUGCGCACUAGACCCGAGCUCGUUAUCCCUGGCUAAACUGUUCUUAUACCUCAGUGGGCUAGAUUAGCUGGCUAGCUGAACUAUGCCAAACUUCAUAAAUACUACACCCUCAACUUCAAAACUCCUUUGCUAGUGAUACAAUCAUGUGACUAAGAAAUUAGCUGGGGUUAACUUAAAUGAUGUAUUGUUUUGUUGAGUACGGUGGUGGUUUAUUUCUGUAUUAUCAAAUUAGGAGAGACAAACUUAUCCCACAAGUCAGUUAUACUUAAACGACAUCUUUAAUAUUAAGAGCUUUGCAAUAGCAAUGACUUUCAACGAUUCACCAUUUUCUAAUGAUCCGUUGAGAGUGACAAAACAGCACGAUGGUAAAGGAUAUCAUUGCUACUUAACGUGGAUGCAAGUUCAGUUUUGAGAUCAACCAGCAUCAUCAUCAUCAUCAGCUGGACGUUUCUGACUGGUCUUGGAACUGUGACAACGGGCAACCUCCCCCCGCUCGGCUCGAUGGGAUAUGUAGUGAUUUUGCCAACACAGGCAGAUAUUAACAGUCCUGCACUCAACAUUUUUUCAACUGACUAUUGCAUUUCUUGAUUAAAUCUGACUAUAUUGGUAUAAUGAGUAAUCCAGGAAUGUCACAAGUUAAUUGACACACAAAAACUUGCGUAAAUAGCAACUCUACAGAUCGCUAUGACUACAAUGAAUGGCUAAAUUACUUUCGGACAUUCUUAUGGUGUGAAGAUGGGGAGGGGAAUGUCUGUUGUGUUUUUGACACAAAUCAACUGUACUGUAAAAUCAACUGUUACGGUUCUGAUUACUGUCUGGUAAAAUGGUCAAGUGCAGCAAAGAAAGACGUAGCAAAGCUGCAGCUGGCUCAAAACAGAGCAGCACACCUCGCCCUUAACUGCACGUACAGAACUAACGUCAACAACAUGCAUGCCAGUCUUUCAUGGUUGAGGGUUUUAUUUUUGAAAUGUUAUAUAAGUCAGUUAAGAACAAAUUCUUAUUUACAAUGACGGCCAAACCCUCCCAACCCGGAUGACAAUGGGCCAAUUGUGCGCCGUUCCUAUGGGAAUCCCGAUCACGGCCGGUUGUGAUACAGCCCGGGAUCGGACCAGGGUCUGUAGUGAUGCCUCUAGCACUGAGAUGCAAUGCCUUAGACCGCUGCGCCACUUGGGAGCCCUAAAGGGUUGACGAGAGAGAAAAUUACUGUGAUGAAAAUUCCAGAUUGCAUAAUCAAAUAACAUUCAGCUCACACACCCAUACAUACCCCACAAGGCAUGCCACCACAGGUCUCUUCAGUCCAAGUGUAAAACGAAUUCACGGCAAUCCGCAGUAUUAUACUGGAGCCAUGAUCGCAUGGUACUCCCACCUCCAAUUACUCAAGCAUCUCAUUGACCGGCGUGGACCGUGGCGACACACAUACAGACACACCAUUUUGUUGUUGUAUUGUUUAUAUUGAAUUUUACAUUUGUGUGACUGUCCUUGUCUAUCACUGUAUAAGUGUUUUGUUACUUGUCUUCCUUUGUGUUUUUUGUGGACCCCAGGAAGAGUAGCUGCUGCUUCCGCAAAAACUGAUGGGGAUCCAAAUACAUACGUUUUGUCUGCAUACAUGCCUUUCAAUGCUACACCCAACCCAAAUAGUGCCAACUAAAGCCAACCUUUACUAUUGCAGUCAGUAGACAUGGAGGAUGGGAAGCCUGAUCUGCUGCUGGUCAAACAGGAGACAAUAGAAGACGGACCAGAGAGCAUUGAUCUGCUGAGUGGACUAAAGAUGGGGGAGCAAGGUGGUUGGCUGGAGGCUAACAAAGGAGACUGGGUGGCCAUCUUGGAUUCCCAGACCAGUGCAGACAAUGUCCCAGGUGAUGACAUCAGUGGAUGGGACAGCGUCCUCAACUCUGGGCUGGGGAACAACACUGUUAACCACAACCGGAAACGGACAGUCAAACACAAAAUAAAAUCCGGAUUUAGUCUCCAUGACAACAGAUUGGCUGCGACCAGGACGAAGCAUAGAUUUGGUCUGCGGGGACGAGGAGGUGUCAGUAUGCAGCUGGAGAGAACAGACUCUGCUAGCGAUGCUCCGUCUUGCUCCUAUAGUUGUGAUUCAGAGAUACUGAUGGCACCUCAGGUUAACCCCCUAACAGGUGAUGCCUUCAGCCUGCCUUCUAUAGGAUCUAUCAAUUGGAUCAUGGACCCUGCAACAACACAGACACUCCCUGGCCUUCAUCCUCCUCACACUCUCCUGUUAAACCAGACCUCAGACAAUGCCAGUGCCUCAAAGUUAAAUGGCUACACAAGCCCAUUAACAAUUGACCGUAGUGGAGACGGCAUCAGUAAAGGUGGCGGCGCCAAAGAGAAGCGCUUCCCGUGUUCAUUCUGUGGGAAAGCCUUCAGUUUCCCCAAACAGGUGGAGAUCCACCAGAGGUUGCACAUGGGGGAGAAACCAUUCGGCUGCCACCUGUGCCAGGCUAGUUUCUCCCACUCGUCCAACCUAAAGAGGCACCAGAGGGUCCACACAGGGGAGAAAUUCUACAGCUGCCCCAGUGUGAGAAUAAGUUCUCCCACCAGCACCAGCUGAAGAUGCGUCUGAAGUUCCACAAGGGAGAGAGGACGUUUGUCUGUACGCACUGCAGGAAGAGGUUCUCAGAGAGGAGGUACCUCAGGAUACACCAACAGGAAAUGCACACGGCCCAUGAAUAGAGUAUAGUGACAUGUAUUAGUACUCGUUAGUAGUGACAUGUAUUACUACUAGUUAGUUUGUAGUUAAUUCUGUUGGUUUUGGAUGUAGUAGGGAACUGGAUGAGGUGAACUGAGGAAAGAAUGAGUAUGAUGAAGCAGAAUAGAUGAUAUGGUGAUGGUGUCUGUAAAAAUGCUUCACCGAUGAAGUGUCAACUUUGUCCUGUUUGAUACUGGUGUUUUAUAGUGAGAUGAUGAUAGUGCCUUAAUUCAUGUUUACUUGACAUGAAGUAGUGAACAUGUAUGUAGUGUGCAAUUCCAUGGUAACAGAGUGACGCUGAUAAUCAAUCAAUCAAAUGUAUAUAUUUAUAAAGCCCUUUAUACAUCAGCCGAUGUCACAAAGUGCUUAUACAGAAACCCAGCCUAAAACCCCAAACGGCAAGCAAUGCAGAUGUUGAAGCACAGUGGCUAGGAAACACUCCCUAGAAAGGCAGGAACCUAGGAAGAAACCAGUCUUUGAGGGGUCCUCUUCUGGCUGGGCCGUGUUGAGAUUAUAGCAGUACAUGGCCAAGAUGUUCAAAUGUUCAUAGAUGACCAGCAGGGUCAAAUAAUGAUAAUCACAGUGGUUUUAGAGGGUGCAACAGGUCAGCACCUCAGGAGUAAAUCUUCUUAGCCGAGCAUUCAGAGUUAUAGACAGCAGAUGCGAUAGAGAGAGUCGAAAACAGCAGGUCCGGGACAAGGUAGCACGUCCGGUGAACAGGUCAGGGUUCCAUAGCCGCAGGCAGAACAGAUGACACUGGAGCAGCAGCACAACAGGGCUGGCUCACACCGGAUAAGACAGGAGAAAUACUCCAGAUAUAACAGACUGACCCUAGACCCCUGACACAAACUAUUGCAGCAUAAAUGCUGAGAUGCACUUUUUCACUUUAAAAUGUAUGCCAAGCAAAAACCAUUGAUUGCCAAGUUUAACAAACCAUAUACCUAUAUGCAGAAGUCUACUUUUAACAAUUGCCUGACAAUUUUACUGAAACACAUUUACUUGAGGAACAGGGCAGAUGCAAAGUUUGGUAAAAGAAUUACAGUGAAAUAGACACGGGCUGGAAAGCGGUUUUAACCAAUUAUUGCUUAGUCGGGAGUUAGCACAUGGUAAUCGUUCUCAUGCUUUAUUGUUUAAUUAAACAAGGGGUGGGUCUAAUCCUGGAUGCUGAUUGGUUAAAACCACGUUCCAGCCCGUGUCUAUUUCACAAGAUACCACCGGCUAAGGCCAUGAUGUUGAAAUGCCUAUUUACUGUUCCAUCUGACUGCACAAUCCACUGUUUCAUCAGCCCAGCCAGGCAAUUUUAUAAGCAUCUAGACAUUAUCUCCCCUUUCUUUUAGACUAGCAUUUGGCAGAGAUUUGUAUAAACUUUGCUGUCUGUCUGUCUCUCUGACCUUAGGGCACACGAUAAUCCUCGUGUUCGAGGGCCUUAUUGCAUUUAUAAAAUGGUUGCCAACAUGUUUUCAUUAAGUGUAAAUUUGAGUAAAAUAAAAAUACAUAAAGUAAA